AUGAAAAUCACGUGCCGUCCUAAGCGGCUGGGCACUGAGAAUCGCUCAGGCGAUAUGGGCGAAAAUGGAGUAAUCGACAAGGAAGCCAAUGAGAAACCGUCAAGCAAACAAACUAAUGGGUACGUAUUCAACGACACCAUCGGUUUCUUGAAUGACAAACUACAUCUACAUAUCAAAGAAGCCAAGGUCGAAGAUGCAGGUCGAUAUUCUUGCAUCGCAGAGAAUAAAGCAGGACGUGCUGAAAAGGAUCUCAUUGUAUCCAUUUUGAAACCUCCAUUAAUGGAGACUCGCUUCGCAGCAGUGGAAGUUGAACGGAGCCAUCCAUUAACCUUGCAAUGUCCUAUUAAGGACUCAGCAGUAGAAUUUUUAUGGACAAAAAAUUCUGUACCAAUCACGUCUUCUGAGAGAAUCCAGACUUCUCUUCGACGAGACAAGCUGUUCUUCAUGCAUGUAGAGCCUGCUGACAGUGCCCAUUACGCAUGCAUAGCGAAGAAUGAGGCUGGAGAGGACCAAGCAGUAUUUGACACAAUCGUUAAUGUUUCGCCGAACAUUCUUGGCGAGUAUCCACGUUUCAUGGAUGUAAUCCUAAAUCGGACGGUAGAGUUGACAUGCAACGUAGACGGCACACCAUCUCCGACUAUCAGUUGGUUGUUCGACGGUAAACCGUUGCUCCAAACUGAGAACGUGCAUUUCAUCAACAACGACCACGCUGUCGUUUUGAGUCACGUGAUGAGUGAACAACAAGGACGCUACACUUGUAAGGCGGAGAAUAAAGUUGGCAAGACAGAAGGCGACACCCACGUAAAAGUAAUCGCACCACCACGAGUUUUUAUGCAAUCUGAAGAGAUGAAGGUGGUCGCUGGUAGAGGAGCAACGAUUCGUUGCGAGGUUUUCGGCGACCCUCCGCCAACGGUUGAGUGGCUGAAGAAUGGACAGCCGUUUAAAUCGGAAAGUCUUCAAAGUUCUACUAAUCUUAGAUAUCUUCACAUAUCAGAAGCAAGUGUAGAUGAUGCUGGAAGAUACACCUGUAUUGCAAUGAAUCAAGCUGGAGAGCAGCGUGUCAGUACCCAUUUGCACGUUCUGGUGAUUCCGGUGAUCGAGGACGGUGAGAGGGUGAUUCAAGUUAAGGAGAAUAGCACACUGAUUAUAGACUGCGUGGCUGGAGGCAUCCCUUCACCGCGAAUUACGUGGAAGAAAGAUGGGGUGCAAUUAGAAGGCAUACAGGGUAGCCGAUUGACUGUUACUAAAGCGAUGAUUUCUGAUGUUGGGCGCUAUACAUGUACAGCUGGAAACGAAGCCGGCCAUGUUUCUGCCGAUUUCGCUGUGGAUGUGUUCAGUCGACCAAAAUUCAAAGAAAUCCUCACUGACAUUCAGGUGGUCGAUGGGAACCGUGCUCGUCUCAAGUGUAAAGUUGAAGGGCAUCCAGCGCCAACUAUUAGAUGGCUACGAGGAGGUCGUCCAAUCGAGGAUAUGUCGAACAUCAUUCUCUCUCCGAGGGGCGAAACGCUCAUGAUUCUAAAGGCAAGAAGGGCCGACGCUGGCUCGUAUUCCUGUGUGGCUAAAAACGCGGCUGGAGAGUCCGAGGCCGGCUUUACGGUUUCUGUCUUAAAAUCACCUUAUAUCGAUGAAUUAUUGAACCAAAAUCCACAUAUCAUUCAAGGAAAGACACUGGUUUUUUAUUGCCCUGUGCUGGGAAAUCCGGAUCCACAAGUGAAUUGGCUUAAAGAUAACGUUCCAUUGGACGAUGAUCCACGAUUCACUGUAGUCGACGGGAAGCACCUACACAUCGAGCAAGCCAAGAAAGAAGACGAGGGUCGUUACACAUGUCACGCCUACAAUGAGGCCGGCGUGCUAGAUACAGACUUCAAAUCCGAAGUAAUUGCUCCACCUAAAUUUCAACGUACUGGUGAAUCUGUGUAUGAAGUCGUUGAGCACGAGACAGUGACACUUGAUUGUGCUGUCGUCUCAGAACCGAAACCAGAAGUGAUUUGGUAUCGAGGUGAACAGCCACUGUAUCUGACUUCAAAUAUGAUGCUUUCCCCAGAUGCCAUGCAGCUGACGAUUCGUGCAGUUUCCCUUUCCGAUGGAGGUAAAUAUACAUGUAAAGCAAGUAAUGAGGCUGGUUCUUCCGAUAUCGAUCUUAUUCUUAAGGUCCUCGUUCCCCCAAACAUCGACAAGUCGAAUAUCAUCGGCAAUCCACUGGCGAUAAUCGACAGAAGCAUCUAUCUUGAGUGCCCAGUGUCAGGUAUACCUCAACCCAUUGUCUUCUGGGCGAAAGACGGUCACGCGAUUGACGCGAGUGACAAGAGAAUCAUUUUCGCUCAAAACAAUCAGACAUUCGGAAUAGAAGGUGUUCGGGCAGAAGAUCAGGCGCGAUACACAUGUAUAGCUUCGAACAAAGGCGGUACUGUGCAGCAAGACUUCAAUCUUGAAGUUUUAAUACCGCCGACGCUUGAAAACGUUGAGAAUCAGUCAAUUGCUAAACGAGAAGGAGAUGCACUAUCGCUCACCUGCCCUGUGAGGUCGGCAGUUGAUGCCACGUCUGGCGUUUCAGAUGUCUCUUGGCUUAAGGAUGGACGACCCAUUGAACGCGACAAUACAGCUGGUAUUUCGAACGAUGCUCGUCGGCUGCUGAUAUCGUCCACAUCGCUUACUGACACCGGCACAUACACUUGUGUUGCGAUUAAUCGAGCCGGAGAGUCGUCAUUGGAUUUCAAAGUUGAAAUAUUAUCGCCACCGACCAUAGAUGCGUCGCGAAACGUUGCCGUGCCGCGGGUUACGGUUGGACAACCGGUCACGUUGUUUUGCAUCGUCACUGGUCACCCUUUGCCAACAAUCAUCUGGAGAAAAGACGGUGUCGAUGUGGAAGCAAGCGAAAGUAUUCGGAUUCUGGAGAAUGGGCAAAUGCUAGACAUAAUGGACGCUAAGAGGGAACAUGCUGGGGUAUGGGUGUGCACUGCCGAGAACGACGCUGGUGUUCGUGAAUUGGAAAUUCAGCUCGAUGUUUUGAUUCCACCAACUGUUCGCGUGACUUCGGAUGGUGCGAUCAAAGCUGUCGGUGAAACCGUAACAUUAUUAUGUGAAGCGACUGGUAACCCUCCGCCGAACCUUUCUUGGUUAAAAGGAGGACAACCCGUCUUCAACAGCGUUGACCGCAUUCGCAUAUCGUUAAAGGGCGCACGUCUUGAUAUUCCUCACAUGGAGCUCUCCUAUGUAGAUGACUACACUUGCAAUGCACGCAAUGAUGCUGGAAACGCAGAGGCGACAAUACAUGUAGACGUCCUCGUACCACCAGUGAUUAAUCGAAACAACAUUGACAUGUCACCACGUCUUCCAACUGGUCAGAUUCUUAUGCUUAUCUGUGAUGCUAGUGGAAAACCACGACCUGAAAUCAAAUGGUUUAUCAAUGGUACCGAAAUUACCUCUACAACGGAAGGAAUUGAGCUGGGGAACACAGGCAGAUUCAUUAAGGUAAAUAAUGUCACACUGAAAGAUCGAGGGGUCUAUUCUUGUGUUGCAGUGAAUGUGGCUGGAAAUGAUACCGUAUUCUAUAACGUGGAAAUCGUUCAAGCUCCUUUCAUUUUGAAUGGCGGAGCGCAACAGGUCAUUGAGGGAGAACUGGCCAGAAUUGAAUGUCUGGCCGAAGGCUAUCCAACACCGGUCAUUAGCUGGUUGAGAAACGGAAUUCGUGUCGAGACUGGUGUACAGGGUGUACGAUACAUCGCUGAAGGCAAGAUUCUCACCGUUAUUGAAGCCCGAAGUUCUGAUUCCGGCAUUUACGUGUGCUCAGCGACUAACGAAGCAGGAAGUGAGCAGCAAGCGUACACUUUAGAAGUGUUGGUUGCUCCUAAAAUUGUUUCAACCUCCCCUCCAAAUAUAUCUGUUCCCGUCGGUUCGUCAUUCUCAUUGAAAUGCGGAGUUCGUGGAUAUCCUGAUCCGUUGAUCUCGUGGACUCGAAACGGCGACAAACUGGCUCCUAACAACGCAAACAUCAUCAUUGACGAAGACGGAACACUUACGACAACAGCGUCUUCAAGCCAGGUCACAAUUUACAAAUGUACGGUGAAAAAUGACGCCGGCAGCGACGAGAUAGAAUACAAUGUGCAUACGAUAAGUGCACCUGUGGUCAAUAAAGAAGGUCUUCGAACGGUGAAUUCUACUCAAGGCCAGCCAACUUCGAUCCCUUGUGAUAUUAUCGGCGAUGAACCUCAAAUUCAAUGGUUCAAGAACGAUGUUGCCUUAAUGCCAACGGCAAAUGUCGAGUUCAAUAUGGAAAAGACUGUCAUGAAUAUCCUUUCAACGAGGCUUAAAGAUGAAGGAAAGUAUAAAUGUGUAGCAACGAAUUCAGCUGGCACAGCAACACAGAUGAUACAUCUCUUCGUAGGGGCGGCACUCGACGAUACUCGGAAUACGCACAGAAAGUCGGUGUUUUUCCACGAUGUGUCAGUGGCCGAUGCCGGAGUUUACACAUGUCAAGCAGAAAACUGGGCCGCGUCACCUACUAUUCAGCCGGAGAAGUUGAAUAUAACGGCAGAAUUGCGUAAGACUGUUGUUCUUCCGUGUGACGCGAUGGGAAUUCCAGAGCCAGUGAUUACUUGGGUCAAAGCACCUAACGCUCAAAUUGAACCCAAUGAAAAGUACCAGCUUAUUGGUACAUCGUUAGCUGUGCGCAAUGUCUUAUUGAGUGAUGCUGGCUUCUAUCACUGUAUCGCGAAAAGCGAAGCCGGUCAGGCUAUAGGAUAUCGCCACCUCCUUGUUGAUAGUGAGUUGACGGGUACAAAUUCAAGUUCUUCUAAUGCUAGACGUCGUUGA